UUAAUGUCUGUAAAUGAAACGAAUCCGAAUUGAGUCUCUGGAGCUCAACGUCACUAUUUUGCGGGGCUGGUACGAAACAAAAGCUCUGAUUUUUAUUUAUUUUUUUCUUUCGUUUUGUGAUUGAACAUUUGAAACAAUUGAUCUUAUGGUCCUGUCAGUUUUGGUUUUAUUGUUCGUCGAAUGAACUGAAAGGGUGCUGAUUUCAUAAGCUGUAUGUGACUCAUAUACCCAAAUGCUUUUGCUUUGAUAAGUCUAGUGCUAGUGCAUAGCGGGAAUUUGGCUUGUUGAAGUGGAGUAGAGUUAUGAUACUUUGUGAGACUGAGAUCAGAGUGAUUGUAUAAUUUCAAGUGUUGAAGUUAAUAGAUUUAGUUUCACUAGAGUUAAUUGUGAACAUAAAAGGGAAAAUAAUCUGAGGAAUUGGGGAGACAAUGGAUUUGCAUUUGAAGAGUCUCUUCAACAGAUUUCAGGAGCAGUUUGGAUCUGGUCCUGGUCUUGGUCCUGGAUCUGGGACAUGCAUGAUGAAAGUGGAUGGCAUUGCUCCAAAUUUCAUUAAAUCUAUAUACAAAGCUUCUGCAGCUCUGUAUAGAACUGAGCCAUGGAAAAGGCUGCGUCCGGGGCACUUGUUUGGCAUUCGGGUUGGAAAGGAUUCGGAUUGGCCUGGCAAGAAACAGCCUUUUCCAUGUGUUCAGUUCAUUGGAGGGGAUGGAGGGGAUGUUGGAUUCUACAUGUUUAGAUCAGAGAAUGAUGCUAAGAAAGUGACAGGGUCUAGAGAGACCCUUCAUGUUCCAAAUGUUGAGCUUCUCAGGGUCACAUAUGAGGUGGAGUCAUUGAUGUUCCCAUCUAACCGCAAGAUGAUAAAGUCUUUGUCAUUGGAAGCAUCAGGCUCUGAUCGAUUUCCGGUUAUUGAUGUUGUGCGAUGCACACCUUCCGGCGAUCUUCGAUUUAGAAAUCCUACACCUGAAGAGCUAAGAUUUGUCUAUGCAUUCAUGAAGGCCAUUUCUCUGGUGCAUUCCUUACUUCAGGUUGACCGGGAAAGUGGUCCAAAGUAUUCAACAGUGGUGUGUUUUGAACCUUUUAUAGAGACUGUUGAUGUUCAGUGGCCUCCAGAAGUAGCCAAGGGAGGUUAUGACCUUGUUGCUGUUACCAUUUCCCACCCACCAGGUCAGGCAUAUGAAGAAAAAUCUGGUAGUGUGAGUGCUGGCUCUACCCCAACCAAGUAUGUAGAACCACCUAGAGAGGACACUUUCAGUGACUCAAAAGGAUACUCAAGUACUGGCUUGAGACAGUGUGCAAUGUGUGAGAAAGAAGUCCAUGGAGAGCAGUCUCUUUGCUGUGGCCGGUGUAGAGCAGUUGUUUACUGCAGUCCAAUCUGCCAGAAGCAACACUGGAAUGACACACAUAAAAGCAUGUGUGGACUUUACAAGGCUAUGAUGGAGAGGGAAGAAGAGCUGGCUAUAAUGAUUUUCUUGUUUCCAUGUUCUGCUGAUCAGCCUUGUAAGUGGCUUGAAUCAUUAAGUAUCCACCAGAAGGGUAUGUGGAGGAGAAAGUGCAGUUGCUAUUCACACUGCCCUUUUGGUCUCCUUCCUGUGAAGGGGGGGAUGCAGGAACUGUGGGGUGGAAUUGAUGAAUUUGAAUACCCUCAUGACUCUCCAUUUAAUAACCAUUUCAUCUCAAGUCCAUUUCUUCUCUCUGGUUGGUCUGAGUACUACAACCUUCGCUCCCUACCGAUGUCAAGUCCUGUUGCCGACAUUCUCUCGCAUCCAUUGACUGUGUAUCAUAUACUAACUACUCUUAAUAUAAGUUCAAAGAACCUUAUACUGAAAGGGAAGGAGGUGAUUGUACACUACCUUGGACCUGAAGGCGAGUUGGAUUGGAUGCCAGCAUUUGCAGAAGUAGGUCACUUGCUUAAUGGAUUGGGAAAUGUACAAAUAGUGAUGGUGGGACCAGAAGUUCCAAUAAAUUUGUCAGGUACAACCUCAGGAAUUGGUAGCAGAGUUAGAGUGAAUCUUGUGAGGGGUGUUUAUCAGGUGGAAGCCUCCUACCUACCUUCUCCACAUGUUGUCAUUGCUCUGAAUUCAAGACUAGAAAGCUAUUCUAGUUGGGGUGGCGCACUUGAUUUAAUCAAAUCACUUGGGGUGCCUGCCUUCUUCACUGAUCAAUCUGAAGUUUCGUGUGUAAAUGCUAAACAAGUCCUUCGUAAUGCAGGACUGCACAUCACGCAUCCGGUGACUCCAAAUCCUUUUCGGUCACCUGUGAAAAAUCUGACAGCCUCUAGCAAUCUUCCUUCAUACAGCAAUGGUUUUGUCUUUGGGGUGAAUACUUAAAUUCAGUCCUAGAAAUUCUAAAAACAAGUGUCUAUCUGUUGUCAUGCAUUCCCAAGCUUGCAGCCAACUUCAAAUUUUCUCUUUUGUCAUGCGGUUUGCUGAAAAUGACAGCAAACUACGAAGAUCCUUGCAAGUUUUGUUGAAUUAUGUAUAUUGAUUGUUUGGCCAGAGUUUUUGUAUUAAUCUCUGAAUUGUGGACCAUGUGAUUUUUAUAUAAUCUUGUAUCCUGUGCCUCCAGUGUGCUGAGUUAUUAAGUUGUUUUCCACUUAGCUCAUUGAAGUUUAUGUCACUUAUCUCCCUAGAAUCUUGUUUAAAACCUCAAAAUCUUACUUGUACAAGUUGAAAUCAGAUGUCAGUUGUUUUGGUGAACC